AUGCGGGAGCACUUGCGGGAGCCAUGGACAGAGGCGAAGGUUCUUUUCGAUGGGCGCUUCUCGCCCUCCGGCAUACAAGACAGGAGGCGUCAGCUGACUGUCCAGCAGGAGAUAGAGUCACUGCAAAUGUCCAAAACAUGCAUGGCACUGUAUCCGAUGAAGAGCAUCAAGAGGAUUCUUGACAAGACCUGGAACCGCGAAGUGACGUUUAGGCAGACGUGGCACGGCCCUGAGCGCUUCGAUGCCAUCGAAGCGAAGCAGUGUCUCAGGCCAAUAAUCGCAAAGAGCGAUUGCACUGAUUGCACCAAUGAGCUCAAUGCAAAGCAGCCUCCGGAAGCUCAGACGGGUGCUAGUUGUCAGGAUGCUCAAGAAGAUGUUUGUAUCCAUCACGCAGAUCAAAGCUCAAGGCUUGAUUCCAACGAGGCAGGAUCAGCUGGUCCGACGGUGACUUCCGAGAGACAAGACUGUGCAGAAGCAUCGGAUGUGGCACAGACAGAGGAUGCCAAGGAAGAACCUCGCACCAGCGAGCCCGGGGAAAGCUGCAUUCUCACAUCACGACAAGGUUCCACCCUGCUUACCGCCAGCUGGGUGAUGCGGGAGUCGAGACAGGCAUCCCAGGGAAACCAGCUUGGCCGAAUUGAGGAACCCAAGGGCUACAAAUCUGCACUGGAUGUGUUGCAUGAACUUUCAGCUCGGCAUCCCGAGAAGAGUGUGAGAAGGCACGCACACAGAUCUGACGCUGUGAUUAUGGAGCAUCAUCACAUCCACAGACAUCGUCAUCGACAUCACCGCCAGGUCAAGGAGUCGGAAGAGGAGGCGAUGCUGGCGGCGCUGAAGGUGCCGAAAUCUUCUCAGUCAGAGAUGACCCUGCGUUUGCCUCCUCUGAACUCCAAGCACGCGGUCGCAAAGCGCAAAGCGAAGGGUGCAGAAGCGCUGCCAAAGGGCCUGCGAAUUGACCCGAGGUUUGAUGAGAUGUGCGAGCUGGAAGGAGUGACCCAGUCGGAAAUGCUGACUCGCUGGAUAGACGCACGAUGGGAAGCCAUGGGCUACCAGGAUUCUGAUCUUGCCGAGGACGUUCUGGGCAAGUGCAAGGAUUCUGAUUGCUCUUCUGGAGAGCCCAGGAGCACGAAAGAGCCCAGCACCGACAGCAUAGCUGAAAGUGAAGAAGGUGUUUCCAGCCCAAGUACCGGGAGGUCCGCGUUCAGCAGAGAUGAACCGCUUGAACGCCAGUCACCACCACCAAGUCCAUCACCUCUCGCAUCUGCCAUGGAUGAUGACGAUGACGACGAGGAGGACGGCGUUCCAGACAUAGAGACCUGGAUGCGUCGAUACGCCUCGAGAGGGUCAGCAGAAGAAGACGAGUGA